CUUCCCGAUAGAUCGAUCACUUUGCAAUUUGAGUCCUACCAACGACACCAACUCUCCUGAGUUACGAAUCGCUCCAACUGGAACAGAUUCACAACUGAUAUGGCCCAAAACGCGUCCAACGCGCCCAUGCGCGCCACUAUCGAGUACGACAAUGGCAAGACUCUUAUGGCACAGGGACCACAAGCACUACACGACCACGUCGCCUCUCGUAUGGAGAAGGCACUGGGCAAAAACCUCCCACAGAUGGAGGUGCGAUUUCGAGACGUCUCCAUCUCGGCCGACAUCAUGGUCAAGGACGAGACCGACGUCACAGUCGAACUACCAACGCUAGUCAACGUUAUCAAGACCGGUUUCCGUGAAAUGCGAUCUAGUAAGCACGUCGUCAAGAAGCAGGUACUCAAGAGCGUCAGCGGUGUCUUCAAGCCCGGUACUAUCACGCUGGUGCUCGGUCAGCCUGGAUCCGGCAAGUCUUCGCUCAUGAAGCUGCUCAGUGGUCGGUUCCCCGUCGAAAAGAACAUCACCUUGGAGGGCGAGGUCACGUACAAUGGCACACCAGCCAACGAGAUGCAGAAGCACCUUCCUCAGUUCGUAUCGUACGUGACUCAGAGAGACAAGCACUACUCGCUGCUGACAGUCAAAGAGACGCUCGAGUUCGCGCACGCUUGCUGCGGUGGAGGUCUAUCGAAGCGAGACGAGCAGCACUUUACCAACGGUACACCCGAGGAGAACAAGGCUGCUCUUGACGCCGCCAGAGCCAUGUUCAAGCACUACCCGGACAUCGUCAUCCAGCAGCUCGGACUUGACAACUGUCAGAACACCAUCGUCGGUGACGCCAUGACCCGAGGUGUGUCUGGUGGAGAACGUAAGCGUGUGACCACGGGCGAGAUGGAGUUCGGCAACAAGUACGUCAUGAUGAUGGACGAGAUCAGUACAGGUCUGGACAGUGCCGCCACCUUCGACAUUAUCACCACGCAGCGCAGUAUCGCCAAGAAGUUCCGCAAGACGGUGGUGAUCUCGUUGUUGCAGCCAUCGCCCGAGGUGUUCGAGCUGUUCGACGACGUGGUGAUCCUGAACGAGGGCCAUGUCAUGUAUCACGGUCCGCGCGCUGAGGCCUUGGGCUACUUUGAGAGUCUGGGCUUCAAGUGUCCUCCACGUCGCGACGUCGCUGACUUCCUGCUGGAUCUUGGAACCAGCAAACAGGUCCAGUACGAGGUACAAGUCGCCCCAGGCGUCUGUAUCCCGCGUACGUCGAGUGAGUUCGCCGACGCCUUCACGCGCUCGUCCAUCCAUCACCAACUGCUCGUUGAUCUCGAAAGUCCAGUCCACCCCGGUCUUGUGCAUGACAAGGAGCUGCACAUGAACGCACAGCCAGAAUUCCACCAGAACUUCUGGGACAGCACCGCCUUACUCAUGAAGCGACAGAUGAGAGUCACACUGCGUGAUUCGGCCGCGCUCGUCGGCCGCUUGGUCAUGAACACCAUCAUGGGACUGCUGUAUUCCAGUGUCUUCUACCAGGUCAACCCAACCAAUGCACAGCUGGUCAUGGGCGUCAUCUUCGCGUCGGUUCUGUGUCUGUCGCUGGGUCAGUCCGCUCAGAUCCCUACAGUCAUGGCUGCACGUGAGGUCUUCUACAAGCAGCGCGGAGCCAACUUCUUCCGGACGGCGUCGUACGUGCUCUCGAGUUCCGCCAGUCAGCUGCCUCCGAUCCUGUUGGAGAGUAUCGUGUUCGGCUCCAUCGUCUACUGGAUGUGCGGCUUCGUGGACACCAUCGGGGCCUUCAUCCUGUUCAUCCUGAUGCUGUGCAUCACCAACCUCGCCUUCACGGCCUUCUUCUUCUUCUUGGCCUCCGCCGCGCCGAAUUUCAACGUGGCCAACCCCAUUUCUAGUGUCUCGAUCCUCUUCUUCAUCCUGUUCGGAGGCUUCGUCAUCACCAAGGAGCAGAUCCCCGACUACCUCAUCUGGAUCUACUGGAUCAACCCCAUCGCUUGGUGUGUGCGCGCUCUGGCUGUGAACCAGUACAGCGACUCGACAUUCGACACUUGUGUCUACGGCGACGUUAACUUCUGCGAAAGCUUCAACCAGACCGUCGGAGAUUACUCGCUCAGUACUUUCGAGGUACCGUCGGAGAAAUUCUGGCUCUGGUACGGCAUUGUCUUCAUGGCGGCCGCGUACAUUUUCUUCAUGUUCCUGUCGUACAUUGCGCUGGAGUUCCACAGAUACGAGAGUCCGGAGAAUGUGACGCUCGACUCGGAGAGCAAGGGCAAUCCGUCGGACGACUACGGAUUGAUGAGCACUCCCCGGAGCUUGCCGAACGGAAGCGAGGCGGUGGUCUCAGUUGCCCCAGACAGCGAGAAACAUUUCAUCCCGGUUACUGUCGCAUUCAAAGAUCUCUGGUACACUGUUCCCGACCCGGCCAACCCCAAAGAAACCAUCGACCUGCUCAAGGGUAUCAGUGGAUACGCUCUACCCGGUACGAUCACCGCUCUCAUGGGAUCUUCGGGUGCUGGUAAGACCACACUCAUGGACGUUAUCGCUGGACGAAAGACUGGAGGCAAGAUCACCGGCCAGAUCCUGCUGAAUGGCCACCCGGCCACCGACCUCUCUAUCCGUCGAUCCACGGGUUACUGUGAGCAGAUGGACAUUCACUCCGAGUCGGCUACCAUCCGUGAGGCGCUCACGUUCAGCGCGUUCCUGCGUCAGGGAGCCGAUGUGCCCGAUAGCUUCAAGUAUGACUCGGUGAACGAGUGUUUGGAGUUGUUAGACUUGCACCCGAUCGCCGACCAGAUCAUCCGUGGCAGCUCCGUGGAGCAGAUGAAGCGAUUGACAAUUGGCGUGGAGCUGGCAGCUCAACCGAGUGUGCUGUUCUUGGACGAGCCGACGAGUGGACUUGACGCUCGCUCUGCCAAGCUUAUCAUGGACGGUGUGCGCAAGGUGGCGAACACAGGACGUACGGUGGUGUGUACGAUCCACCAGCCGUCGAGUGAAGUGUUCAGUGUUUUCGACAGUCUGCUGUUGCUGAAGCGUGGAGGUGAGACGGUGUUUGCUGGUGAACUGGGUAAGAACGCCAGUAAGAUGAUCUCGUACUUCGAGUCAAUCGACGGCGUGGCAAAGCUAGAGGACAACUACAACCCUGCGACGUGGAUGCUAGAGGUGAUCGGUGCCGGCGUCGGCAACAGCAACGGCGACAAGACAGACUUCGUGAAGAUCUUCCAGGCCAGUAAACACUUUGAAUUCUUGCAGUCGAAUCUCGAUCGCGAGGGUGUGACGCGUCCGUCCCCGGACUUGCCUGAGCUGACCUACGGCGAAAAACGUGCUGCGACCGAGAUGGUCCAGAUGAAGUUCCUACUGCAGCGCUUUUUCAACAUGUACUGGCGCACGGCUUCGUUCAACUUGACCCGAUUCUUCGUGUCGUUGGUGCUGGGUCUCGUCUUCGGUAUCACGUACGUCGGUGCCGAGUACACUUCGUACUCGGGCAUCAACUCGGGGAUGGGCAUGAUGUACCUGGCCGUUGGGUUCCUCGGCAUCGGGUCGUUCAACAGCGCCUUGCCCAUCGCUUCACAAGAACGAGCGGUCUUUUAUCGUGAGCGAGCAGCACAGACGUACAACGCGUUCUGGUACUUCUUCGGCUCCAGUGUGGCCGAGAUCCCGUACACGUUCCUGGCAGUGAUGCUGUUCAUGGCCACGUUCUACCCCAUGGUGGGCUUCACUGGCUUUGGAGCCUUCCUCACGUUCUGGCUCACCGUGUCGCUGCACGUACUACUGCAGGCGUACAUCGGUGAGUUCCUCGUCUUCCUGUUGCCGAACGUGGAGGUGGCACAGAUUCUGGGGAUGCUCAUGGCGCUGAUCUUCCUCCUGUUCAUGGGCUUCAGUCCUCCGGCCGGAGACCUCCCGACGGGCUACAAGUGGCUGUACCACAUCACGCCGCAGAAAUACACGCUCGCCGCCAUGUCCACGAUUGUGUUUGGUGACUGUCCUAGUGACGGCGAUGGAAGCGACGUUGGAUGCAAGCACAUGACGAACGUCCCGCCGUCGCUCCCGUCGGAUCUCACCGUAAAGGAGUACCUGGAAGACGUCUUCCUCAUGAAGCACAGCCAGAUCUGGCGCAACUGCGCCAUCGUGCUGGCGUUCCUGGUCUUCUUCCGUGUGCUCACGCUUCUGGCCAUGCGCUUCGUGAAUCAUCAGAAGCGGUAAUUUUUCCUGCAAGUCGAAUACAUUUCAAAUUGUUUUUGCCUCCGAAUUUAAUCUGAAGACAUUUCAAUGAUAUUUUUACAUUCCGAAUUUAAGCACGGGCUUCAUUAAUGUCAUAUUUUGUGAAAACAUGU